AUGGAAGAAACAUCCGUGCGUCAGAGUAGCAAACGCCGCGCUUCCAAAGCCUGCCUCAACUGCAGGGCUCGUAAAGUGCGUUGCGACGUCAUCGAUGGCCUUCCGUGCACCAAUUGUCGACUUGAUCGGGUCGAGUGCAAAGUGGCCGAGAGCCUUCGCCGACGCAAAUUUCGUGCGGGCGAGACGUCUGGACGGCGGCGGACAACCCCGGAUACCCUUGUUGAAGACAACAUCUCCCCUCGGUAUACCAACUUUGACAACCUUGCGAGUCUUCCCCGCGACCCGGCGGCAACCAGUGUGAAUGUCGCUGUGCCCAAUGCUCCUGGACAAUUUUCUUCCCCUUCAAUCAGCCGAUAUUGUCGCGAGCGGCGUAGCGAGGAAACUGCAAAUGUUACGGCCACCUCCGCGGGGUACCAUCAGGACAGGACGUUCUUGACUGAGUCCGGAUCUCCACUGGAACAUUCCCCGCUACAAACCAACGUCGACUCUCGCAGAUCUAACCCUGCUAUCAGGCCUGCCUACGCAGGAAACGGCCUUCACAAUGGGCUGUCCUUAUCGCCGCCUUCACAAACCUCAACUGAUCUCAGGCUGGGGUCCGCUGGAGGAUCAGAGAUUGCUUUCCCAAAGUAUAUUCGAAGGGCCUCGGCGUGCCUGGAAGUGGACGAUGUUGAACGUCUGCAGACAAAGGGCGCCUUCAUCAUACCUGAUACGGCCUUACGGAACGAGUUAUUACGCUGCUACGUUCAGUAUGUGCACCCGUACUUGCCUGUCCUUGAACUGGAAGACUUUCUGGCCGCGAUUGAGAAAGACGAUGCCACAGAAACGGUCAGCCUCCUUCUCUUCCAAGCUGUCAUGUUUGCUGCCACCCCAUAUGCCGCGUUAAGGACUCUGGCUGCUCAUGGCUACCACGACCGACGAAAGGCUCGCAGAUCCUUCUAUCUCCGAGUCAAGCUCCUCUGUGAUAUGGACUAUGAGCUCGAUCGUCUCACCGUGAUCCAGAGUACUCUCUUAAUGACAUAUUGGAACGAAACACCAGAUGAUCCUAAGGAUGUCUGGUACUGGCUAGGCGUCGCUAUUUCGCUGUCCAAGCGUAUCGGGCUCAACUAUGAGCUCUCUCCAGUCCCCCCUCGCAACCUGCUGGAGCGACGACUGUGGAAGCGCUUGUGGUGGUCAUGCUACACAAGAGAUCGAUUAGUGUCACUUGCGUUUCGGCGGCCCGCGCGCAUCCGUCAGGACGAAUUCAAUCAGCCCAUGCUGGAGCUGUCCGAUUUGGAGACAAAACCCCUGUCCAGCGGAGUGAGCGAGAUGCUUGGGGCCCAAUGUCCCACCUUCAAAAAUGAGGCCGUCCGAGUGUCGUUGGCCAAAUUAUGUAUCGGCAUGGCUGAGCUUUGCGUCUGCUUGACCCCCAUUCUUGAGAUGCAAUACCGCAAGUCGAGCCACAGCGCAGUUGCUCAGAUGACGAAGAUGGGGGGAUCCAUGGACGAGAUCAUCAGUAAUGCUUCGAAUCUGUUGCAAUGCGACCACAGCCUGAAAAAGUGGUAUCAGAUUCAUGCAGAGAAUCUACAUUGCUUCAAUGGCAUGCCGUCGGAUCACUCAUCGGAAAAUGGGGGCCAAGUCUUAGAAAUACACAAAGCAGUUCUGAAGGGCCUGUACCUCACGUCGAUCAGUAUCUUACACCGCCCCCAAAUCCUCUCUGGUGCUAUCAACUCGUCCUUGGAUCCGGAGAUUCGAGACUUGUCACGGAGGAAGACGCGCGAGGCAGCAAAUGAGAUUACAAUCCUGUACACGAACCUUUACGCCCACGGCCUGGUUUGUUUCCUUCCCAAUACUGGGGUCACCUGUCUUCUUCACGCCGCCAUUAUUCACGUCCUGGACCAGAUAGUUGGCGACAAGGAUCUUCAACAAAGUGCUAGACGAAAAUUUGGUCUUUGCACGCAGUCUUUGGAGCAGUUGGGCGAAACGUAUGCCUCUGGUGCUUUCGCACUCUCAUUUCUCACGACUGCUGCAAAUAAGGCGUCUUCUCGACCUGAGGCAACCGAGGCCAGCAUCAGACUAGGCGAGAGUAUGCUCGGCGUGAAGCACAACAAUGUGAAGAGUCUCUCGCAUUUUGGGUGUCAGUUCAAUGUCCCGCCACCAGGAUCCCUGCAGCCUGGCGGUAGAUCGACUGUCAUCUCAGCCGCCAACUCGGAGCCGAGCAGAGCCCCGUCUCGCAUGGACAUACGCGAAACAGCCCAAGGGCCCGAGGACACAGCCCCGACCAUAUCUAACCAGGCUGUGUGGAGACAAUAUCAGGUUGGUGUCGACCAGGGUUAUAACGCUACGGCAGAUGGCACCGGCGACAGCCACAAUAACAUCAGCCCCAACACAGGCGCAGUCCGUGGGAAUGGGCGAACAGGCGACCAAAUGCGACAUGAUUUUGACUACUUUCUGGACAUGGAAGGCUCUGCAGACUUUUUCGACCUGUCCGACGAGCUUGGCGUAGGCUUUGACACGCAAUGGUUCGACACUUUGGGACCAUACAAUGCUCGAGAUACGGGACUCUCGUUGGGCUAG